CCAAACUUAAAAAAAAAAAACAGAUGACAACUUAUGGAACCAUACCGUCACCUUUAUCGCCGCCGCCGCCGUCCAACCUCGAGUUCAUCUCCCGAGCCAAAGCUCAGAUCAGGACCAGCCUCGCCACGCGCCGGCCAUGGAAGGAGAUGUUCCUCCUCUCCGCGAUGGCCCCUCCGGACCCCCUCGCCGCGUCCAUCGGGCGGAUCCAGACGAACGUGACCGUCUUCCGCAUGAACUACGCCGUCAUCGUGCUGGCGAUCCUCUUCCUGAGCCUCCUGUGGCACCCCGUGUCGCUGAUCGUGUUCGUGGCGAUGAUGGUCGCAUGGCUGUUCCUAUACUUCCUGAGAGAUGAGCCGCUGAUUGUGCUCGGGCAAGAGAUCGACGAUCGGGUGGUGAUGACGGCGCUAUUCCUGGGCACCAUCGUCGCGCUCUCUUUCACUCACGCGACUGACAACAUAAUCGUGGCGCUGUUCAUCGGAGUCGUGGUGGUCGUAGCGCACGGAGCAUUGAGGGAGACAGAUGAUCUGAUGGUGGACGACGGUCCACAGGCCACCGGAUCCGGCGGCCUAGACGCGUCGAACACGCAGUUCCGGGGUCCUACUUCGGCUACUCAUUCUUUGUAUUAGGAAUUACUGAUUAUGUUCUGGACAUUUUCAGGAAGAUUCAGGAGCUACAAAUGUUGAGGAUUCCUCUUCCUUUCUUCUUUU